CCAUUUCCCUUCACCUUCAAACCACCACCCUCUCCAUCACUCCUCUAACCGUAUGGACUACUUCCGCCGCAACCGCCGCUACGUCUCCCGCCGCGACGACGACGACGAGUGCGUCGACCUCCCCGUGGCCGGUGCCUACGCUUCCCCCGGCUAUGCGCCGCCUUAUCCGUCCGGCGCCAACAACGUGAGCUGCGAGGGAUACGGGACCGGCGGCAGGACCCUCCCGCCGCAGCCCACCGUGCGCAUCUUCUGCCGCGCCGACAAUAGCUACAGCCUCGCCGUCAGGGACGGCAACGUAGUCCUUGCGCCCACGAAUCCCAAAGAUGACUACCAGCACUGGAUCAAGGACAUGAGGUUCAGCACAAAGGUGAAGGAUGAAGAGGGUUAUCCUGCUUUUGCUUUGGUGAACAAAGCAACUGGGGAAGCUAUCAAGCACUCAUUUGGCCAAUCCCACCCUGUUAGGCUCGUCCCCUACGAUCCGGAAUAUCUCGACGAGUCGGUGCUGUGGACCGAGAGCAGGGACGUAGGCCGCGGAUUCCGCUGCAUAAGGAUGGUUAACAACAUCUACUUGAACUUCGACGCGUUCCACGGAGAUAAGGACCAUGGCGGCGUGCAUGAUGGAACCACCGUUGUGCUGUGGAAGUGGUGCAAGGGCGAUAACCAAAGUUGGAAGAUCGUUCCCUACUACUGAAGAAAUGGGUGAUGGAGUUAUUACUAGAGCAUUAUAAUAACAGGUUGGUGCUCCGUUCUAUAUACAUGGUGUGUGGUUAUUAUAGAGCAAGUAUGUACUUUGCAGAAUAAAUUUGCUUUCGAGUAUAUGAGGCAUGGAGUUAUAUAGUAGCAUUAUUAAUUAUCUCCAGUACCUAUGAACUAUGUAUCUCUCUUGUCCAGUACCUACGAACUAUGUAUCUCUCUUCCUUUGUGUAUACUAAUUAGUAAUUAUUAUUAUGCUAUAUAUAAGCACAUGUUUUAUAUCA